UCAUAUGCUGGUUAGGGGGAGCCGCCCCACUCCAUCUUCCUUCUUCCCUUCUGAUGAAAGAGAUGCACGGCCACUUCAGGGAAGCCCCCUCCCCUCCGCCAGGCUGGUAAGACAGCAUUUCCCCUUUGCCAGGUUGGCAGAGUAUUUCACAGAAGGUUCAUUGGCCCAGACAGCUCCUUGCAGUCCCUCUCAGCUUCCACAUGGGUUUUUAAAUAAGCUCCUUAUUUUAAUCAUGAAUCAGCAUUGUGGAAGUAGACCAUUGAAGGAAGAGAACUGGAAAUCACUUCCCAUGCAGCCGACGUCAACAACUGUCUAUUUCUACAACUGUUCUAUGAGUAGGGUGUGACAUAAAGGACACUUAUUAGCGCCUCCGUCCAUCCCAAAUGUUGUUCUUGACAUCCCAUCUGAAGAAGGUGUUCUGUGUUUAUGUUCUUUCUUUCAGUCCCUUGGAAGCUGACAAGUGCCUGAUCCUCUAUGGCGAUGACCAGCUGAACUACUAUGAUUCUAUGAAAGCCAUCAUUUCCAGCUCCAACCAUGAGCCCACGGCUCUAGUAAUAGGGUGCGCUGCAGGAACAACAAAUGUCAAACAAAAGAUGAAAGAGAUAAGGAAUGUUAGAAAAGAUGUCAAGACAAGAAGAGGAAGAGCUUUGCCCCAAAGGCGAGCAGAGUGUGAUCAAACAGUGUUUCACAUCCAUAAAGGAGUCAAGGCGGUUUCAUUCUGUAAAAGAGAGAAUUUGCUGCUGACAGGUAGAAUGGAUGGAAUAAUUAGGGCCUGGAAUCCUUAUCUGCCUGGAAAACCAACAGGUCUGCUGAGAAGCCACACGACUCCAGUGAUCUACAUCCACACAGCUCCUGAGGAUAACAAAAUAUUUUCCGUGUCCGCUGACAACACCAUUAAAAUCUGGGAUCUAGAAACCUGCUUGUUCACAGCUUCCUCCAAAGCCAGUGGCAUUAAGGGGGAAAUUACAGCCUGCCUCUACCUCCCAGGACCCCAAGCUGUCUGUGUGGCCACCAAUGUCGUGGCUCUCCUGCACCUGAGACUAAGACCUUCCCCAGAGCCCCACCUGGUGCUUUCCCACCAAGAGCCUGUGGUGUGCUGCAGGUACAACCCAGCCUUCAGGCAUGUGGUCAGCUGCUCUGAAGCAUCUAUGGUGAGAAUAGGGGACUUUGAAACAGGGAGACAGUUAUCUGAAUUCACUUGGGCUCACGGCCAGGCUGGGGUCACUUGUCUGACCUUUGACUCCAGUGGAGGAAGGUUAACUACUGGAGGCAGAGACGGCUGUCUGAAAAUAUGGAACUACAACAGUGGACAUUGUCUACACACCCUGAAAAGGGACAAUGGUAAUAUUAUCUUUCUAGAGGAAAACCAAAGUGAACUCUGUGAUUGUACCUACAUGGAAGUGAACCAAAAUAAGUGUAUUAUAGCUGUUGGAUGGGACAGAAGAACGAACGUGUUUUUUGAUGCACCAUGUGACUCUCACCACUUCUGGAAGGCACAGCCACGCUGGAAGGAUGACCUGAACCAUGGGCACAAGAAGGACAUCCUCUGUGUGGCACAAUGCCCACCCCUUCUUCUGGCCACCUCCAGUUAUGAUGGAGAGAUUAUCAUUUGGAAUGUCAUCUCCGGCCAUGUCUACUGCAAGCUGAACACUCCUGGCCCCUCGGAUGUCCUGAACCCUCAAGAAGGCACAGACCUAAGUGUUUCCUGUCUCGCCUUUUUGAAGACUCAGGCAGCCAAGUUGGACGCAUCUGCUGCUUCCCUCAUUGCCAAUGGACCUGGGGGUUCUGUCACCUUCUGGAGGCUGUUCAGUGGUGCUGGCAUUUGUGCAAACUUCACUCCUUCCAGAGGAAAAGCCCAGGUGAGCAGCGUCACCGUGGCAGCGGGAGAUGCCCUUGUCUACGUGGCUGACCAGCAAGGCUUUGUGCAUGUCUAUGACAUCGAGGACCACAGCCUGUGGGGACGAAAGCUGCAGCCGCCCAAGAAUGUGACCUUCUGGAGGGCCCAUGUCAGCAUGGUGACAUCUUUGGAGCUGAUAGAGGAAGAAAAUGUUCUGCUGUCAUCUUCCCUCGAUCGCACAGUGCGCCUGUGGACCAGGGACGGAGCGUACAUAGGAACCUUUGGGCAGAGUAACCUCUGGGAUAUUUUUAUUCCUGCAUCCUGGAGUCACCCAAGAGUGCCCUGUGAUCCCCAGAGCAUGCCUACUCACCCUGCUCUUCAAGGAGGUGCUCCUGCUGGGCCUACAGCAGGACGGGAGGAGCAGGAUGAUGUGCUAGAGGAGAAGGCUUGGGCUGAGCUAACUCAGAAAAUGGUUUAAAUAUCUUCCAAUAAAACUACACAGA